GGUCACUGCUGAUGCUGAUGCGAGAGCUUUCCUAGUCUGUGAUCAACAUCGGUGGAGCUGCUGCCUGCGACAUGACGGAGCUGUUCGGGCCGAUCUAACGCACCUUUCCCUCCCUACCGGGUCUCAACGAGGGUCCGCGGGGACGAGGCGUGCUUACGAGACGAGGAGAGAGAAGAGGGGCUCUCGCCUCGUCCCUCCUCCGGCCUGUCUUGUGACCGACACAGGUGGAUUUGCGGCUGGAAAACGGCAUCGACAUGGAGACGUAGUACUGGACUGCGAGGGAGCUGGUCGACCACGCCACUACCCAGCUAACCAGCGGGACAUUGGAGCCGACCUUCGGGUCAAUUUCCCUCAGAGAGACGGGCGGCGGGGGUUGGACCGUUCUUCGUGUUAGCUUGCUAAUAGGCUAAUUCCGCUAGCUAGUCGGUUAGCGGCGGUGGGAUGCUCGAAGGAGGAGUUAGCGUCCGUCGCUAGCACGCGUUCAUUCGAGGAUACACAGCUGUUUAUUAAACCACCUGGCAACGGAGACAUUUAACAUUAACGCUCCGACUUGAGGUUCACUCCACUUCAACGCACAGCGCAGCUCGUCUCCUCGUUAAAUGAGCUCCCCAUGAGUGAGACGAAAUAAUCGGCUAGGAAAGCUAAUGUUGACAAACACCGGUGACUUAGCGUCAUCAAUUAGCAUCGUUAAGAACCGUGUAGUUGGCAGAGGUGCGGCCACUCGUGAUAAGCCGCUCAGCUGGGAGAGACCUCACCCCGGUGAUUGUUAGCGGCUGCCGGGCAGAGGUGAAGCAUGUUGACUCUGGAUGUGCCGGAGCUCAAACACUCGGCAACAGCCAGGAGAGGAUCAGCCAUGACAGAGAGGGACACACACACUUUGACAACAGUACAACAUGCGGUAAGGCCGUGAGACUAAUAUGACCUCUGAGUUUAGGUAACGUUCUUGUCCGCACGUGGGAGGCGACCACUGAUCUUAAAACAACAAAUACGACUUGUUAGUUAAUUGCCUGAUUUGACUUCGUUUCUAAAACAACCCGCCCUUUUUAAAUCUUUUAUGUCAUCACAGCACCUGCCAACUUUUUUUAAUGUUAGACAACGCUUUUAGUAAAACCACAUAUUUAUUUCAAGGUUCCCCUGAAAGGGUGUAGGGCCUUUUUUUAAACAUGGCAUCAAAGUUAAGGAGCUGGAUCUCGACCGCAGUGAGAUAAGACAUCACCAGCUUCUCUGAGGUCUGCCAAGGGGAAUAAUGGAACCGACCAUGUUGUCUGGCCCUCUGGGGCACACACAGUGGGAGUCAGACCAGCCAUUUCCUCUCGGAUUUCACACCCUGGAUUCAGACAACGGAGGCAUGCUCUGUCCAAACAAGAGUGGCCAGACGGGUUUGGAUUUCAGAGACAGUGACCGAGAUCACACAUCCCAACAGAGUGGAGAAGCCGAGGUUUACCAGGACGAGCCCGGGGUGGAGCUGGGCAACCUCAUAGAUAUCUCUGAUUUCUCUUGUGGAGAUUUGCAGUUUGAGGCCGACCAGUCCGCACUUUCCAAAGCUUCUCUCCAUAGUCCUCGGCUCGGGGACUUGUCUCCUACAGAAAAACCUGAGGCACCUGAUGAAAUCAAUGACUUUACUUUAUCAUGGUUAUUUACUCCAAACCUCACUGAUGUGGUGGGAAAGAAGUCUGCCUGUGAGGAACUGAAUCUGACACAGGAGGCCCCUCUGGAGGGCUCACAUGCCCUCAGUAGUCAGGGCGAGCUAAUAAGCCUCAGUGUACCUGACUCUCCAUUGAACAUUUCCAUAAGGACCAACACAGGGGAUCCUUUUUCGUUGGUAGAGCUCCUCAAAAGUGAACCCAUGUGUCUCCCCCUGGAGUAUUCAGGUGACUUCAACCCGCUGGGUGUCAGUGAGGAGCUGGUCGACCUGUCACAGGAGGAGCAGGCGGGUCUCCCUGCCUUACAGAGCAGGGAGACAUUGUCACCUGAAACCAGAGACAACGGUUUAUUCCCUGAUGAUCAAGUGACUGAUCUGCAUGUAACCAGUAGCUCUACAGUUCAAAGUUUGCCGGAGAACUGCCUGUCUCAAAACCCAAUCAGCACACCACUGGAGUGUAUCGAAGGAUCUGUGCCUUUGUUGGAUUUAGAGGUUCCAGAUUGUGACGGCGGUCUGCACCUGUGCGUGGCCAGUCCUGCCUCGGUUAUCUGCACAGUUGCGCCGGUGCUACAUUUAUCAACAGAGGAGUCAGAGGUGGAACACGAAGGAGCUGCUGUAAUAAGAAAUCUGACAUCUGAGCAACAAGGUGACAAUGACUCAUUCGCUCCGGGUUUGUCAGCGGAAACUUCAUCACUGACUGUGCCUCUGGCUGAAGAUGCCUUCACCCAGGGUGAUUUCACCAGUGAGAGUUACUCUUCGGAAAAUGUUUCUGAGGAUUUGAGGUUGGACAAAAUUUGCUCUGAAGCCCAAAAUCUGCCGAAUGAGGCAAUGGCUUUGGAUCUGUGCUUGACUGCUGAUGAGGUCCAUGACGAGGAAACCUGGGACUUGAAACAACAGGAGAGUUUACAGUGUGGAAGUGAUCCUGAUCCAACAACUGAACAGAGGGAAGAGGAGAGUAUGAUCGACUACCACCAGUUCGAGGAAUCAGAUUGUCAUGAAGUAGACUCUAUUGAUGUUUCAGUUCAGGACUUUGACAGUUCUUCUCCUGACGCCGGAUGGACUAGUGAGCAAAAUGUGGAGACGAUUUCCCUCUCUAAGAUGGUGGUAGAUGACUCACUGCCAAUGGUUUCUGCUGUGAAUACAAGGGAGGAUGAUGUCUCCCCGCUAAAAGAUGUUUUUGAUGCUUUGGACCAAGAUGGAGAUGGCUUUGUUCGGAUUGAGGAGUUUAUGGAGUUUGCUGCUGCUUAUGGGGCCGAUCAGGUGAAGGAUUUGACCAAGUUUUUGGAUCCCAGUGGUCUUGGGGUGAUCAGCUUUGAAGACUUUCACCGGGGGAUUUCAGCAAUAAGCAACGGAGGUCCAGAGCCACAGCUCUACAAUGUAAACUACAGUCCAGGCGAUGGAGCUGUGGGCUGUCCAGAGGAAUAUGAUGAGCAAAAUGAGGUGACAGACAGUGCAUAUCUGGGCUCGGAGAGCACGUACAGUGAGUGCGAGACCUUCACUGAUGAGGACACGGGGGCCCUCGUACCCCCUGAGAUGCAUGAAGAUGUGGAGACGGACAGCGGCAUCGAGGCCACGCUGCACGACCCCGAAGACAGCAGAAAUAGGUUUUCCCUUAACUCUGAGCAUCAUAACCACUCCGUAGUGACGGUCAUCAGUGGAGAGGAGGAGCACUUUGAGGACUUCGGUGAAAGCAAUACCUCAGAGCUGCUACUGGAGAGCAGCGUGGAGGGGACCGAGGGGGAAUGUGACUCGCCUCUCGCGCAGCCCCUGGAGCAGGUCAAUGGCUCCUCACUUCUGUCUCCCAGUGCUGGUAAGAGGCUGUCCAGCAAGAAAGUAGCAAGAAAUCUCCUCCAGAACAGCUCCAUGACUCUGGACACCAUGAGCGACUUAACGCGGGACAUCCUGGAGCUCGCUGACAAUGACAUCACAGACAAGGUGCUCCUCCUCGAGCGUCGAGUGGCCGAGCUGGAGAAGGAGUCGGAGGCCUCGGGGGAGCAGCACACGCGGCUGCGCCAGGAGAACCUUCAUCUAGUGCACCGGGCCAACGCCCUGGAGGAGCAACUGAAGGAGCAGGAGGUCCAUGCGGACGAGCAGCUACAGCAAGAGACCCGUCGCCACAAGGAGGCGCUGAGCAAGCUGGAGAGGGAAGGAGGGCUGGAGGAGGAAAACCUGCAGGCCAGGCUGCAACAGCUGGAUGAGGAGAACAGUGAGCUUCGGUCCUGUGUUCCUUGUCUACGAGCAAACAUUGAGAGACUAGAGGAGGAGAAGAGGAAGCUACAGGAUGAGACGGAAGCCAUGUCCGACAGACUGCAAGAGGAGACGGAGUCCCGCAGAAAGAUGGCAGACAAGCUGAGCCACGAGCGCCACCAGAGCCACAAGGAGAAGGAGUGCACGCAAGAGCUUAUUGAAGACCUACGUAAACAGCUGGAGCACCUACAGCUGUACAAGUUGGAGGCUGAAGCGAAGAGAGGGCGCACGCCUGGUGCCGGGCUGCAGGAGUACCAGACCCGCACCCGCGAGGCCGAGCUGGAGCAAGAGAUCAGACGACUCAAACAGGACAACCGCAGCCUGAAGGAUCAGAACGACGAGUUAAACGGCCAGAUCAUCAACCUGAGCAUCCAGGGAGCCAAGAACCUGAUGUCGGCUUCCUUCUCCGACUCCCUGGCAGCUGAGAUCAGCUCUGUGUCUCGCUCAGAGCUGAUGGAUGCUAUCCACAAACAGGAGGAGAUCAACUACAGACUCCAGGACUACAUCGACAAAAUCAUUGUGGCCAUCAUGGAGUGCAACCCCUGCAUCCUGGAGGUCAAAUAGACUCCACACAGCCUGGGGGCCACUCAGAGAGAGGUCACAGGCUGUUUAAACAAUACUGGAAACUUUGCUGAAUGAGAACUACCCGGAGAGGAUGUAAAAAUAUUCGGACGUCGUUUGGGUAGAAAUAAAACAACGCACUCCAUUCAUCCAGCACCACCCCUCCCUCCCCCACCUCAAAAAUGAAGAAUUUAUAAAGUCCAUGGCUGUCAGUGGAAAAAUAAGCUACUUUGAGUUAAACAUCCCUUGAGUCUGUUCUUAUUUGUGAGUAAAUGCGUUUGCCCUCCUGAAAACACUUGGGUUCUGGUGACUUCCAUGUAUUUGGCUAGAGGGACCUGAGUCGCCCCCUUCUGAGCGAAUGAAUGUGUGAGAGGUCAGUGAUUGAGAGAAGAAAUCUACCCCCCCCCCCCCCCCCAAAACAGUGUCAAUGUUUGAUUGAGCUAAAAAACAAACAAACAGGAAAAAUUAUACCUAAAGGCCUUAAAUGAAAGGUGAUACACGAAUUAAACGCACCCUACUUGCCUCGGUUCAGUCAGUGGGCUGAGAUCUCCUGAUCCAGGCUGAGUCGUGUUUUCAUCACAAAGAGAGGAAGCCGUAUGAAGCUCCGAUCAGGAGACGAGCAGGUUUGGUCGUUAAAACGUUAACAGCUUGCUGUGCUGCCUAAUAGUCCCUAUAACACUGUGUUCUGUCCACCCAAGCUCUUUCCAGUGAACCCAAGCGAGGGAAGUCUGAAGGGGUUGAGGUAGAGAAAUCCCCGGAGGGUAUCGUUGUGUGCGUGUGUGCGUUUGUUUGAGGUGUUUUGUGUUACUUUAAGGUUUUGAAAAAGCUCGGUGACACGAGAAAGCAUAACGAGAAUGGCCCAGUCGUUCUUGAAACUCUCCCAAAUGAAGGAACGCGGUGGUUUUAUAAUGUGCUUCAUCGUCUCAUUUAUUCUUUUACAAUGAAACAGGGUCCCGGAGCUCAGGUGGGCUGUGAGCUUCAUGUGGAAUAUUGACUACAUCUCCCCGUCACUGCCUGGCACAAAAACCUAUGUCACUAAAUCUAUACCGACUGUAACUGACAAAAUCUUACCACCUCAUCACUUUAUAAAACUCUGCAAACACUUGAAUUUAGCAUGAAGGGAAACUGCUGAGUGACUCUGGGAGUUGUAGUUCAAGUGUUCUCAGCCCACCUGAUCCCAGUGUUGUCUUGUUGAGUGAAAGUGACAGAGAAAAUUCAGGUUACCAAUGUUUUUUUUUUUUUUGCGGUCUUUGCUGCACAAGCGAUUUAUUGUCCGUAAAAAUGUAACGCGUGACUGAAAACUGCUGACAUCCUGGAGGUUGUACUUUGCACUAAGUUUUGUUUUUGAUUUCUUUAUUGUUGAUAAAAAAAAAAUUUUAUUAUGAAGGGAUCAAAUGUCAAAUUGAAUAUAUUUUGCAGGCUGCGUGAAGAUGAUAGAAUGUUGGACUUGUUGCUACAGACACACCAGAGAAAGUAAGGGGCUGGUGGUGUGUGCUGCAGGAGAAAAAUAAAACCCAUCACACUAUUCAUAAUGCCAUGUUGGAAAUAUUAGAGAAUACUACAAAAAUCUGUUUUCACUCUAAUCCUGUUUUUUCAGUCUUCAUAUGAGCUUUUUCCCUGACUAUCGGCCAGUUUUGUGAUUUUUCAGACCUGAUCUGCUUAGUAUUGAAAAGACAGGCGGACUUUGGGAGCAAUAAUCCUUGACGAGAACGUGGACAUUAAUGCAAAACAGGUCAAUCAAACCUGCUUCUUUAUUUCCUCCUCUGCUCAAGCAACAUCUGCGUUUUUGGACUGACGCCGUGCUUGACUCUCCUGGACGUUUCUUUCUGACUCAGAAACUGGACAAAAAAUGUUGAUUGACCCACCAGAUAUCUGGACGGAGUUAUCUCCUCGGAGGUGGUUUUAGUCCAGACAGCAUGGCGUUCAGCACCAGUAUGCUAAAAGAGGAAUUCCACUUUUCACCUUCGGUAUCGUCUCUCACUUCUCCUCUUCACCUGCCACUCCCUGGAGAAAAAAUGGCCUUGGAUGUAAAUGACUUGUACAUGUAAAGUUUUUCUACACUCACUCUAGAUUCUAGGUAUUUUUAUAGCCAGAAGAGGAAAGAACAUUUCUUUUUCUUGUCUAAUGCUGAGAGAAAGCUGCCUGUAUUCUUCUCUAGCAUGUAGCGUGUACAGUAUCUGUUUAUUUUUCUCUCUCCUUUUAAAAUCACCCGCAGAUAUUUAUUCAUCAUUCGACACAAACACAACUCACGACUCUGAUCUGUUCCGCCGAGAAUAUAUUUGUACUUUUUUUUUUGAAUUUCACAAGGGGAGAUCACUUACUCAUGGUGAACUAUUCUGUGGGAGAAUUUAUUGAAUUAAGAGACACGUUUUGAAGUGUUAUCGUCUCCAUCGUAUGAAAAGGCUUGAAGGUGACCUGCUCUUCAGAGGUUGUUUGUCGAGGUCGUCACACUCUUCCGUUACGCUGAUGCAGCUUUGACCUCAUCAGGGUUUUUUUUUUUGACAAAUGGCAGAGUAUGCAGUUUCUACUGUUGUCUUCCCAGACGGAGUCAGGCACUGCAUGGAAAUUGAUCUUUAUUGUACUUCUCUGAUUCCGUUGUUUCACCUAUGUUUUGACUGACAAAUCAUAUGCUAUAAUAUCCCAUCAGUGGAGUCGUCAGUUGUGAGACCUUGUGAUAUCUGCACAUGACACUGAAAAACCUCAUAUCCAGGCUCGCUGUCUUCAGCUUCCUGCCUUGUAGUGCACUCGGAAGUUCACGUUUAACGCUUCAUUUCGUUAGAGUAAUGAAUCUGUUGUGCUUCUCGGAGAGGAAACACGGUGACACCUGAACACAGCAGACUAUAUCGCAGUUAUUUCUCUCCCUGCUUCAUAUUUAAUUGUCAGCUUUUGACAGAUAGUUUGAGGACAACUGGCAGCAGACUAACUUGACAUCAGAUGAGAGCACAGAGCUGAUAAAACCAUUCCCUUUGAGCAGAGCUGAAGGGGACUGCACUUCAGAUUCAGUUUCUCUCUAUCGCUUUCAAAAAUGACCAAAGACGAGAUGUUUGAGCUUAAACUGAUCAUUUAAUCUAUCAGGGUCCGUGAUCACACUUUCGGUAACACUUGUUCUAAUCAAUCACAAAUUGACCCUCGGCUUGCUCUAAAAAAGAAACUUGCCUGCUAGUUCAAACACUGUGCCUCUGUGUCUCAAACUUUGCCUCUAAACUAACCUGAUGAUGAGCCCUGGGAAAAGCACUGACCACACGACUGUCAGUUGGUUAAAUUAUAACAAUGAAAAGCUAAACUGUAAAUAUGAAUUGUCAUUUUUCUUUUUUUUGUGGACUUUUCUUUUCUCUCUCUCUUACAGUCACUUCCAGUGUCCAAAGAAAGUUUGCUCAAGGCACAAACAUCACUACUGAAGUAGUGAAUGGCUUGGGAAGAUGAAGAGAAUAAUUGUAGAAAAGAGAAAUUAUAAAAGUUAAAUUUAUUCCUAUUUUCGAAAAAUAAAUGUAUAAAUUAUAACGGUAUUGGUUACAGCUGUAUAUUAUUUUUGAAGAUUCCCGAUCUAAUCCUAAUUGUUGCUGGGGAAAUAGAAUUUCAGUCAUUGUAAAAAGAGAAAAUUUAAAGGUUAACAGUGAAAGUAAGAUUAGAAAAAUAAAUGGAAUAAAAGCA